AUGGCAAAGCACGCAGCCUCCGACACGCUAAAAAAACGCCAAGAAGAAGAGGAAAAGGCAAGAGCUUACCGGAUUGCUCAUGCAAUUUGGCUGGAUGAGCAACAGAAGCCAAAAGACGAGCGCCUGUCUUACCGGGAGGUGGCUGAGGAGGCACGCAAGCGAUGGCAUGCCAAGACAGGCCACUGGCUGAAGCUGAAUCACAACACCGUCCGUAAUCACGCAACUGGCAAAACACGUCCUCGGGAGGAGACUAAAUGGGAUUCAUCUCAUUUGAGCGCCGUCGAAGAAGAAGAGGUUGUCAAUUACCUCAUUGAGACGGCAGCUCAGGGCUUCGGGCUGUCACAUCGUCAUUUGAAGGAGCACGUCAUAGAGCUCUGCCGAGCGCAUUAUGGCACCUCCUUUCCUGGUCUUGGGAAGCACUGGUCCCACCGCUUUGUUGAGCGGCAUCAUGAACACCUUCAUGUAUACCGGACUCGGCCACUCCAUGAUGUCCGAGGGAAAGCUGCAAACCCAGAAAACCAUAAGGCCUGGUGUGAUCUCGUUGAGAACGUCCAGCUGCAUGGAGAUGAGGGCAACGCAAUUGCACCUGAGAACACGUACACACUGGAUGAGGCAGGUUUUCAGGCUAACGGUGAUGAGGGAGAAGAGUGGGUGAUUGGCGGAGUGGGCAAGAACGUCCAGUACCAGCAGCAAGCUGGAAUGAGGGAGACAAUGACUGUCAUUGUCAAUAUCUGCGCGGAUGGGACUGCCAUACCUCCAGCCGUUUUGUUUUCUGGAAAGGGCUUUGCGGUUCGGUGGAAGCAAGAUAACCCUGCAGAAGCAAUGCUGGGAUACUCGAAGAAGGGCUGGACGGAUAACGAGAUCGGCAUCGAGUACGCAAAGCACUUCGAGCGAAUGACUCGUGAGAAGGCGGGUGGCAGGUGGCGAGUCCUCUACGUCGACGGACAUGGUUCACAUGUCACUCACGGGUUCUUGAUGUUCUGCAAGGCACAUAAGAUCCAUGUCUUGUGCUAUCCUGCCCAUACAACUCACAUUUACCAAGGUCUGGAUGUCGUGAUAUUCAGCCCGAUGAAGCAAAGGUUCGGUGAGAACCAUGACAAACUCUUUCGAGAGACGGGCCAGGAGAUCUCAAAAGAGAACUUCCUGAAGGUUUAUGGUGACACCCAUCUUGCGAUACUACAACCGGAGUUAAUCAAGAAGGCAUUCUUGAAGACAGGAAUCAUACCUUUUAACCACGACGUGAUCUCCGCCGAUAAGCUCGCUCCCAGCUGCGACACCUCAUUUCGGCAUUACACCCCAGUCGAGCCACCAGCUGCUGUCCACAUCAUGACGGAGCUGAUCAUUGACACCCUCCAGCCUAUCUUCAUCACAUCAUCUCCAAACAAUGAUUCGGAUACAGAUUCUGAAGGUGAGGAUGAGGGAGCCAGUGAGGAUGCGGUUGACGAGAGAGGUGAUGAGGAAUAUGAAGCGGGUGAAGAGGAGGAAGAAGCAGUGGCGGAUGGAGAGCAGGACAAGGAGGUGGAGGAUGGUGCUGAUGAGGAGGUAGAUGAUGUUGAGGAGGGGGGUGGUGAGGCUGGUCAUGAAGCGGCUGCCCUCGAAGAACUUGCCAACUCUGAUUGUGGCUUUCUCUUCUCACAAACGCCUAUCCCAUCGUCUUCUAAUCCACCUGAUCUGCCGAAUGUUCUCAUCUCGCCUAUGAAACGUCGCAUUACCAAACCGUCAAUGUCAAGGCAAGAUGUCACAUACCUCACAACAAAGACGACAUCCACACCCGACGAGGAUGCCAUGCAGGAGGCUCUCAUUGCGAAAGCAGCGGCAGCAGAUUACUACAAGGAGCAGGCGAUCCGUAUGCAAUCCAUGCUCGUGUUGCAGCGAUUAUACUGCAACAAACUGCAUCGUCAGCUUCAAGCGAAGGAAGGAAAGGCAGAGAGGAAGAAGAAGGGGCGAGGAGGUAUUCUACAAGACGGCUUACCUCGUUUGAUGACACAUUCUGCCGUGAUUCGAGCCGUCAAGGAGCACGAGGAUGCGAAGGCAAAGGAGGCGCGCGACAAGGAGGAGAGGGCUGCCCAGCAGCUUGAAUACGAGGAGCGGAUGGCAGCGUGGCAGGCACAUGAGGAUGGUCGGGAGGCUAGUAACGUGGCACUGUAUCGCCAGUUUCAGGAGGAUGCAAACAAGUGGACAGCAGCGCGAGUAGCAGUGAAGGAGGCGGGCCGCAAGCUGAAGAAUUGGGACAAAGCCCAUCCAAAGCCUUUGCGUUCGAAUUACAAGGAGGCCCGGGUAAAACCCCCAACCAAGAAGGCGCGGAAAGAUCCUGAGGAGGAUCCUGAGGAGGAUGUGGGUGGCGACGGUACGAUAGACAAAGAAUAG